CCCAGAUCCGCGGCGCAUGUUAGGCACAGGUAUGGGGCGCAAUUUAUCACCAAGCAAAGAAGAAACAAAACAAACAAGAAACAAAAGAGAAAAAAAAUCGAGGGGAGCAUCUUCUUCGUUAUCCUAAUUUCCUAAAAACCUAACCUUUGUCGUACCUCGAUCCUCUCUCUCUCGUCUAUCACCAACACUGUCGCCAACACAAAAAGGUAGAAUGAAAGGCUUCAUAGACUGGGUUUUCGAUCUAUCCAACUCCAUGGCAUCCUCAUCUAGACCCCUUUUGGGGAGUGCCCCUUUCUCCCGAGACCAUGAAGCACACGAUUCCCAGUCUCAAGACCCUGCUUUACCAGAACCAGUGGCACGCUCUGAACCACCAUGUUCGACCAGCGGCGAUGUAGAAACUCAUCCUCCCAUCUCUCAGCAGCAAACUCCACUAGAAAGCUUGCACCAGUCUAGUCUUGAUCUUAACGACAAGAAACACAACCCACUAGCAAAGAUCGGUGACCUCCAAGUACAGUUCUUACGCCUCGUUCAAAGAUUCGGACAGUCACAGAACAACAUCCUAGUCUCCAAGGUUCUAUACCGAGUAUACCUCGCGAUGCUGAUACGAGCCGAGGAGUCAGAACUGAAAACAGUCAAACUUAAGCAAGACAAAGCCAAAACUCUAGCGAAGGAGCAAGAAUCGUCCGGCGUACCGGAACUUGAUUUCUCUAUUCGAAUCCUAGUCUUGGGGAAAACAGGCGUUGGCAAGAGCGCGACCAUAAACUCUAUCUUCGGCCAGUCCAAAAGCGAAACCGAUGCUUUCCAACCCGCCACGGAUCGCAUAGAAGAGGUUAACGGAACCGUUAACGGAGUUAAAGUAACGUUUAUCGACACCCCUGGCUUACACCAACCUUCACCUUCCAGCGCAAGGAAAAACAGAAAGACUCUGCUGUCUAUCAAGAGAUACGUCAAGAAGCGUCCGCCUGAUGUGGUUCUCUACUUGGACCGCCUUGACACGAUCGACUUGCGAUACAGUGAUUACCCUCUCCUGAGCCUUAUAACUGAAACCUUGGGUGCAGCGUUAUGGCUUAACACGAUUCUUGUAAUGACGCAUUCUUCAGUCGCUUCUGAAGGACGUAAUAUGAACUACGAGUCGUACGUUGGCCAGCGCAUGGAUGUGGUUCAGCACUAUAUACAUCAGGCUGUGUCUGAUACGAAGCUGGAGAACCCUGUGCUGUUAGUUGAGAAUCAUCCAAGCUGUAGAAAGAAUCAUGCCGGUGAGUGUGUUCUUCCGAAUGGAUUAGUGUGGAAGCCUCAGUUUAUGUUUCUGUGCGUUUGUACCAAGGUUCUCGGCGAUGUACAGUCUCUGCUGAGGUUUCGUGACAGCAUUGGUUUGGGACAGGCGAGUGGUACACGAACAGCUUCUCUUCCUCAUCUUCUUUCGGUUUUUCUGCGGCGGCGUUUAUCGUCAGGUGGAGAUGAAGCGGAGAGGGAGAUAGACGAGCUUAUGGAUUCGGAGUUGGAGGAGGAGGAGGAGGAUGAGUAUGACCAGCUGCCUGCGAUCCGGAUCCUUGGGAAAACCCGGUUCGAGAAGCUGUCAAAGUCUCAGAAGAGAGAGUAUCUCGAUGAGCUUGAUUACAGAGAAACUCUUUAUCUCAAGAAACAGUUGAAGGAAGAAUGUAGAAGACGAAAGGAUGAAAAGCUUAAUGAAGAGGAAGAGGAAAAGAGUGACCAAGCAGCUGUUCCGUUGCCGGAGAUGGCUGGUCCAGACAGUUUUGAUUCUGAUUUUCCUUCACACAGAUACCGAUCCAUUGCCUCUGGUGACCAGUGGCUUGUGAGACCUGUCUAUGAUCCUCAGGGAUGGGAUCACGAUGUUGGGUUUGAUGGAAUAAACAUUGAGACAGCUGUAAAAGUGAAAAAGAAUCUGUUUGCUUCAGCUAACGGACAGGUGUGCAGAGAUAAGCAACGCUUCACCAUCCACUCCGAGACUAACGCAGCUUACACUACAGACUCUAAAUUACAAACAUUCUCCGUAGCUGCCGACGUCCAGUCAUCAGGAGACGAUCUUGUCUACACGUUUCACGGCGGCACGAAGCUUAAAACAUUUAAGCACAACACAACAGAUCUCGGAGUUGGUUUGACAUCUUUUGGCGGGAAGUACUACUUAGCUGGAAAGAUUGAGGAUUCCUUGAUGGUUGGGAAGAGGGUGAAGUUAACAGUAAACGCAGGUCAGAUGAACGGUUCAGGGGGAACAGCACAUGGAGGGAGCUUUGAAGCUUGUAUCAGAGGGAGAGAUUACCCGGUGAGAAACGAGCAGAUCGGUGUGACGGUGACGGCUCUGUCUUUCAACAAAGAGCUAGUGUUGAACUGGGGGUUACAGACUCAGGUUAGACCAAGCCGGGACACGAACGUAGACGUUAGCGUAAACAUGAACAACAGGAAAAUGGGGAAGAUAAACGUGAAACUCAACAGCUCCGAGCACUGGGAGAUCGCGUUGAUCUCAGCGUUUACGCUUUUCAAGGCGUUGAUACGGAGGAAGAAAGCUGUUAGUGAAAUAACAAACGAAAAUGAGGAAGAGUUGUGAGUGUUCUUGUUCUCCUGGUUUCUCUUUAGGUAAAAAGAAAAUGAUAUUUUGGACAUAUGAAUAGAUAACCCGACGAUGUGUACAAGAGAUGUAAGCGAUGUUUUGAAGACAAAACAGGAAUAUCGCAUGCACAUUUGCUUCCAUUGUUGUAUGUAAUAGUCUCGUUUUGUUGGUCCA